UAUGCUAGUGUAGACAAGUUGAUUUGUGUUAGAAAACAAAAAAUAAUCUAGAAAAUAAGACAAUAUUCUCAAUUAUUCUAUCGAUUAUUAUCGAUAUUGUCAUUAUUAAUUUUGAUAUUUUAUCUGAUGACCAGAAAUUGAAUGCUGGUUAAAAAAAAUUACAGUCGUAUGAAAAGUUGAUAAAUUAUUAAGGAAAAAUUGAAUAGCUGAUAAAUUUAUUUAAGAAAUUAAAUGAAACGACGGAAAUUGUCUGUGCGAACGAGCGGCCGUAGAAAAAGUUACAAGAUGAAUUCACUAGAUGAUUCAGUUAUUUUGUGUGAUGUCAGUUCUAAAAUAAAUAAAAAAGCGUCGAUUAAUUUGAAAGAUUCAUCUAGGAGACAGAGUAUAUCUAGCAUGAGAACACGAUCGAAUUUAAAUAACAGAAAACCGCUACAUCCUGUACAUAAAAGUCCGUUGAGUCGCAACACGUGCUUGAAAAAGUCACCGCUGUCAAUAAUAAAAAAAAAGCGUUUAGAAGAAAUUGAAAUAUUACCAAUUAAAAAAAGACAGAAAGCUAGUCUCAGUGAGACGAUAGUCAUCAGUGAUGAUGAUGAUGAUGAUAAUGAUAAAAAUAAAGUCAUCGGUAGGAGGUUUAAAAAAAAUCCUGAAGUUAUUGUCGUAGACAAUUGCAGCUCUUCUAAGAUAAACAAUAAAAGAUUAAAAUCUUGUGAUGACAAUAAAAGUAAUGCGGAGAUAAAGAGAAAGAAAAGAAUGGAGGAGAAAAUUUUGGAAAGAAAAAAUAUGAGGAGAAUGGAAAAUCUCAAGCGGACGCAAAAUCGUGCUCGUAAAAAAGCUGUUAUAGGUGACAGUAAAAAGAAUAAUGAUGAAGAUGAAAUCGCUGUGAUCUGGUCCUCAGAAAACGGAGACAAUACUCGAGUAGAUAAAAAGAAUGAAGAAACAAUUAGUCCAGAUAAUACUGAAAAAAAAACUGAAGCCUUAUUUUUCGUUGAUACGAUAGGAGAUGACAGAAAUUUAAAAAAAAUUUCUUUGCUGCCACCUUUGAAAGUUUUGUAUACAACAAACUCGUUUUCGAAAUUUGAAACAGUUCCUACGACUGCUACCACAACAAUAACAUCGGAAAAAGUCAAUAAUAAUAAUAAUAAUAAUGAUAAUAAUGAAGCAACAGAUGAUACUUGUAAUAAAACUCGUAAAUUACGAGAAAUUAUUGUCGAUGGUCUUAAUGUUGCAUUCGGAUACUCACUUGGAAAAAGACUUUUCCAAAAAAAUGGCUUGCAGUUAAUAUUGGAUUACUUCCAAGACCGUGGACACACAAUUAAAAUAUUCUUACCACAAAAUCAACGAAAUCGAAAUCGUGAAUUUCUUGAACAAUGGUAUCGUGAAGGUUUAGUUGUUUUCACACCUAGCAGAAAUGUUGGUGGUAAAAAAAUAGUACCUUAUGACGACAGAUUUAUUGUAGAAUACGCAACGAAAUGCAAAGGCAUCAUAAUUUCCUCAGAUCAGUACCGCGAUUUGUGGAAAGAAAAACCUGAAUGGCGGGAAACAAUCGAAAAUAGAUUACUAGCACCGACGUUCGUCGGUGAGUACGUCAUGUUUCCAGAUGAUCCGUUAGGUAGAGGUGGUCCGUCGCUGUAUGAAUUUCUGAGGCAUUGA